GUUCGCUAUUCCAACACACUAGCUUCAACACUUUUCAUAGACUUCCAAGUUUAUCGGUUUGAAGACGCAAGGUGUUCCAUAUAUCGUCUUAGACGACGUAUUCCAGUUGAAUAUUGGGUACACAGGAAGCUACAAACAUAGUUACUUUGAAGUCACAAGAGGAACCUUGGAAGCCAAGAGCACUGCAAAAUGGCAUUUCUGGGAAGAGUCAACAGUCAGGGAGCCCUAAUCGACUGCGAAGUGUUCUGUGGCCGUGCAGCCAUGGGCCAGACCCAGCAGGACUCAGCCUGCCAAGCCAGAAAGGACGAGGCUAGUGCGCUGGUCCCGCGCAGAAAGGGUUCCAGGACCUUCAUCAAGACCUGUGACAAGGACAGCCUAGUGCGCUGCAUGGGAAGCCCCAGCACAGUGCGCUACGUGGGCAGCUCCGGGUCGUGCAGUGAAGUGAACUCAUUGGACGAGACGGAGAUCUCCACUCUGCGCUGCUGCUCGGAUUUGUCCCUGGGCACCCUGAUGUCGAGCAAGACAAUUGAGGGGGUCCGCGUUGGUGAACUGGGAGAGGAUGCCGAGCUGCAGACGGAGUCGGAGACGGUCUGCCUGCAUCUGGGCAGUACCAGCAGUAGCGCCAGCAGUGACCGCAGUAGUUCCAGUGGCACAUCCUACUCCUCAUCCCGCAGCGGCAAUUCAACCGACAAGGACUCGACGACCUCGAUGUGCAGCUGGGAGGAGGCCAUGUCCCAGGACGGCGGCAUGCUGUCCCCGCUCGAGGAGCCACUGAGCCACAGCCUGCCCUCGCUGCGCCUGGGAUCGGACGGCGGAGGAUCGCCGCCCCUCACCUACACGCGCCGCAUCGCACCGCUCCAGAUCCAGCGCUCCGCCGGCGAGGCCUACGAGAACUGGCUGUCCGGGAAGCAACGCCAGUGCCAGUACAAGCUGCAGGCGAAGCAGGCCGAGAUCCAGGUGCAGCGCCAACGCACGGAGCUGAGGCAGCGGCUCGCCAAGGAGAAGUACGAGCAGUGGUGUCAGCAGAAGGCGCAGCAGGCCGCCAGUGCCCCCAAGCCCGCCAAGCCAGCCAAUACCGCCAGUACCGCCAAGCCAUCCCAACCUGCUCAGCUGUCGACGCAGAAGAAUGCCGCGUCCGUGCAGCACCACCUGCAGGAGUGGGAGAUGCAGAAGCUGAGGCAGCUGGAACAGCGCCGCCAGGAGCAGCGAAACGCCGAGCGGCGGCGUCUGGAGGAGAAGGCCGUUCGCCGGUCGCAGGCGGAGGAGGCCUUCAGUCGGUGGAUGAGCAACGUGGCCCAGAGGCCCAAACCGGUCCCCGCCAGCCAGGGAAUGAAGUCGCUGCGCGGCACCGUUUCCGACAUCUUUAUAAAUCCCAAGCAGUGGGUGGACUAGGCAGCCGGUUUUGAGUUGGGCGGAGGUGUCGGAAAAGUGAAGGGCCUGGAUUGGCUGAAAGAAAGUUUUAACAAGUGUAACCAUAUUUACCCAUUUAACACUAUUAA